AAUAAGAGGCAGUCAUUUUCUAUCCAAGAAAGGGGAAGAAAAGUCCAGUUCCUUAGAUCGAGGGCCCCUCACCUGCAUCAAGAAACAUCCCUUGAGGUGUGUGUGUGUGUGUGUUACCAGAGCUUCACAGGAGGGUUGUCACAGACAGCAGUGAGGUGCAGUAGUCAGCGGGUCACCAGCACCACCACAGACAUCAACAUCUCUUGUCGGUAAAUAAGACGCGACUCACAAACAGUCAACUAAUAUCAAGACAACUACUUAUGUGAACUGGGCAAUAGACAUUAGGAGACUUGUACGUACUUCUCACCUCUGCUAGGAUUGAACCCAGGUCUUAUGUUUGUGAGCAGAUAAGGGUACCACUAAGCUAAACACAAUUCGCUUUGACAAGACACUUGCAUAACGGUCUUUUUUUUCACUUUGGUGACCAAGUUUUUCGAGAGCACUGAACACAAAUGCCUCUUCUCUACGUCUGUUAUUGUAUGAAGGGAUGAGAUUCUGGACGUUGUUGGUUGUGCUGGAGUUGUUGACGUUCAGCGCUGCAGACAUCACAGUGGUCAAUCAGAAGUAUGAGGGAAUCACAGUGGCUUUCUCACCCUCGUUACACUCGAGCAUGGCUGAAAUCACCAUUCAUUUAGUUCAGGCUAUGAUGAGGUCUGCCUCCCAGGUUAUGUUUGCUGCCACUCGGGGCAGAGUAUACUUUGGCAACGUUAAGUUCAUCAUUCCUCUCACCUGGGCUCAUCUUAAUUUCACCAUUACAACCACUGAGCGCUUUGAGGAAAGCGUCAUCAGGAUAGAUAAACAGAGCAAAGUGUACCUGGGCCAGCCCUACACUGUCCAGCCUGGACUCUGUGGCGAUCCUGGACGCUAUAUCCAUCUUUCUCCAGAAUACCUCACUGACACAGCACAGGCCGCCUUGUGGGGACCACCAGAUAAGGCUCUGGUGAAGGAGUGGGCGAGGGUGCGGUGGGGCGUCUUCGAGGAGUACGGCUACCCAGACGACCCAAUAUCUCCCCUGGUGUAUUGCCACCCUGGGCAAGGAGGUAAACCCGUGCCCAGGCUCAACUACUGCGCCCACCACACACCUAAAUGGCCAUUGACUGGGCGGUGCUGCCAGAGUUACAACACUACGAGUGGAGACUGUUCAUUGCACCAUCUUCAAGGCACCACCUUCACAGCCCACUACUAUGGCAACACUAGGGUGGGAUUCUGCGGCCCUGCCAGUUCUUUCAAGCACCUCGUGUACCAUCACAACGAGGUGGCCCCCACCAGACACAACGUGAUGUGUGGAGGGAAUUCCCUCUGGCAUGUGCUCAGCCGCCACAAAGAUUUCAGUCACCCACCAUCGGAUCUAAGGACACCUCCCACUAACACUGCACCUACGUUCACAUUGGCCUUGCAAGAAGCAACCAAGUACAUUCUUGUGUUUGACUUCACGGGAAGUCUCUCCUGCAUCAACAGGACACUGCAGGCUGCCUACUCCUGGAUCCUACACCAGUUGUCUAGCAGAAGCUACCUCGGUAUCAUAAAGAUAACAGACACGGGACUAAGCACGGUGGACCUGACUUUACUGACGGACACUAACAUCCGUCGCUCCCUGGUGCUGUGGCUUGGUGAUGGUUAUAUACACGGUGGCACCAGCAACAAGGUUAAUGUGUUGAACAUCACUGUUAAGGCUGAUCAUACAGAUAACUCCAGGCUCAGUACUAUUUUCUACAAGGUUAAAAGUAUGGUCGGAAACGGAACGAGUGGAAGCUUAACCAAUGUUGUGUUAGUGUUGGUGACGGGAGGGAGAAGGAAGACCACCUCAGACGACCUGCUAAUAAUUGAGACAGAGAUCUUCACGACCUUCGACGAUCUGGCAUCAGAGAGCACCACCUCAGAGAGACCUCAGAGCAAUCUGGCAUCAGAGAGCACCACCUCAGAGACAGGGGAGAGCACCACCUCAGAGACAGGGGAGAGCACCACCUCAGAGACAGGGGAGAGCACCACAUCAGACGAAACGGAGACGGAAGACACUGAGACCACUACCUUAGAGAGUCUGGUGGCGACGGAAGUGAGAGGAGAGAACACAGCUACCUUGGACGAGCUGCUGGACUCCGGUCUCCAUCUGGUCACUAUCACACUCGAGAAAAUGGCAGACAAGAGGUUUGAGAGUCGAGCCGAGAGAACCUUCACGGUGCUGGAUUGCGACAACGGAGAUAAACUGGAGGGUGCCUUCCAGUCUGUCCUCGACUACCAGCCAAUUGACUUGGCUAAGAUCAGGUUAAAGGUUGACCAGUGGUCACUAAAAGAAAGCUUUUCGAACGUAACUGUAGAGAAGAGCUUUACUGUGGCCCAAGACAUGGGAAAGAACCUGGUGUUUAGAAUGUACAAAGACUGUGCUGAUGAUUUUGUGUAUGGCCCUCGUCUAGAGACCCCCCAUGGUACGUUGCUCAAGACUCCUAUGUACCAUGAUGGGUCUACAUACAUUCCCUUGGCUGAGCCUGGAAUAUGGAAGUGGCGCUUGAGAUUCUACCCAAAUAAUAGUGCAUGUCAUUACGUGUACGCCAGUGUGUUCUCCCAGCGACGCUACGGUGACCCCAUUGUCGCCAGAGCUUGGGGUAGUGGAGGAAAACUGGUGAAGGUGUACAACACUCCCGUGGCUAUAUACGCAGAGGUGAAGCAAGCCAAUAACCCCGUGGUCAACGCUACAGUCAGGGCACGUGUACGUCUUCCAGGGGACAGAGAACUUGAGAUGAUGCUGCUGGACGAUGGCAAGCUAGGAGACAACCAAGCCAAGGACGGCAUCUACUCCCGCUACCUCACAACCUACACCUUCCUUGGCAGAUACUAUGUCAAGGUCAAGGUGUCUGGGAAUAAGUCUACUUACGUCAACGACCAGUGUCUCACCUGUGCUACACUCCAAGCACCCUUCAGGGGUCAGAGGAGGUGCUGUGGAGGCGAGGUGCCUCUCGACUGCAAGAGAGCCGCUCGUGCUGGUACCUUCACCAUGACCAUCUCAACUUUUUGGUUCCAGGUGACAGUUGUUUUGCUGGUCAUGGUCGUCGUCGUAGCAGUGGUGCCUGACAUUGCCCUGGCCACACCCCAGGAGGCUCAGCAGCUACAGGGCACCCAGGAAUUCCAGCAGCCACUGGACACUGAGUCGAAGAGUGCCCAGGCUCCCAGCAUGAGUGCUGAGGAAAGUUACGAAGAACUACCAGACUCUGAAGCCUUGCGUGCUGGACCAAGUUGGUAUCAUCCCCGAAGGAAGAACAGAGUAACAGAGGCGCUGAUUCGACACGAUGGGUUUCAACUAGAGUCGUUAGACACAUCACAUGAACAUGGUCACCCGCUUGAACAACACACUUCGUUUCUGGCUGACACUGCAUUCCGAGAAACUGACACAUCCUUUCAAGAGGACUGCGCUUAUCGGCGAUAUGACUCCUCAUUUCCACAAUACGACGAUACUUCUCAGGAGAGAGUCCACACCUCCCUCGACAGCAUCGAAAACAGGAAACCUUCAGCCCACAACCCAGAGUCGAGGUGGGAAGUGUUUCCGCGUGUGUACCAGAACAUACCAGGAAUAAGUGAGACCCUGGCUCCCAAGAGGGUGGAAAUACUAACAGAUGGCAACAGAAGAACCAUACAGAGCAUGACAGCCGAGGAGUCUUAUACGGUAUUCGGCAUACCAAUCUCAUCUCAGUCAAGGUGGUGGCGGCUGGGUGGUGGGCGUCCCCGUGGUCAUCGUGGCCAGGGACCUGGCCGACACAGGGGCAGGAAAGUACCCUAUAAAGGAAGGUUACCUAAUGGUUUGCGGCAGCAUCAGCGCCCACAGUCUAUAGCAAGUCAACCUGUGCGCCGCCCACUACCUGUGAAACACUCACAGCUUGUCCCAUACGCAAAGCCACGUCCAAAGCCCCAGUUACGUCCAGAGUUCCAGUCACGUCCAAAGCAUCAACCACGUCCAAAGUCCAAGCCACGUCUGCGCUACCCGCCACUUCCCGCGACCACACCUGGCUCCCCAACCACAACCACUACCACAACCACUACCACUGCUGACUUCCUGAGCGUGCAUAACCUGGCCGGGCCUCCAUAUUCCGACACAAUCCCUCCAAACCUUCUUAAGGAGAACAUCACACCCACACCACCCACCUCCAUCCCGGAGUAUAUGCAAAGACAGUGA